GCGGGAGCUGCGGGGCGCGGCGAUGGCCGAGGCAGCGCAGGAGGAGUACGCGUACCUGUACAAGGACUCCGGGCAUCCCGCCGGCUUCCUGGAGGCGUUCCGGGCGUUCUACCUGGACGGGCUGUUCACCGACAUCACCCUGCAGUGCGCUUCGGGGGUCAUCUUCCACUGCCACAGAGCCGCCCUGGCAGCCUGCAGCAGUUAUUUCAAAGCCAUGUUCACAGCCGAUAUGAAAGAGAAAUCCAAAAACCAGAUCAGCCUUCCCGGGCUCAGCCAUGCGGUACUGGAAGCCCUCGUGAAUUAUGCAUACACAUCACAGAUCCAGAUAACAAAGAGAAAUGUCCAAAGCCUACUCCAGGCUGCAGACCUGCUCCAGUUCGUGUCAGUAAAGAAAGCCUGUGAGCAGUUUCUGGUGAGGCAUUUAGAUACUGACAACUGCAUAGGGAUGCACUCCUUUGCUGAAUAUCAUAAUUGCUCGGAACUAGAGAAGGAGUCCAGGAGGAUAUUGUUAUGGCAGUUUGAAGAAGUGUGGAAGCAGGAGGAGUUUCUGGACAUUGGCAAGGAGAAGCUCUCUUAUAUUCUUUCCAGGGAGAAUCUCAAUGUUCGGAAAGAAGAGGCAGCCAUUGAAGCUGUCGUUAACUGGGUUACACACAAUGUGGAAGAAAGAAUUGAAGACGUCUAUGAACUGCUGAACUGCAUCAAAGUAGACUUAGAUAACAUGUAUUUGAGGUCAGCUUUAAGCCUACAAAAAAAAUGCCGACUCAAUGGCCGUAAGAUAAGGUCACUCAUAUACAAGGCCCUCAACCUCACACCCAAGAGUCUUUCCAGAAGACCCACAGCAGCCAUGUACGUGAUUGGAGGAUAUUAUUGGCACCCCUUAUCAGAAGUGCAUGUUUGGGAUCCUUUAACCAACGCAUGGGUCCAGGGAACAGAGAUGCCGGAUCACACCAGAGAGAGCUACGGGGUCACUAGCUUGGGACCAGACAUAUACGUGACAGGAGGUUACAGAACAGAGAGCAUUGAAGCCCUUGACACCGUGUGGAUAUAUAACAGUGAGAGGGAUGAGUGGACAGAAGGCUGCCCCAUGCUCGACGCAAGGUAUUACCACUGUGCAGUUUCCUUGAGUGGCUGUGUCUACGCGCUGGGGGGGUAUCGAAAGGGAGCUCCUGUGCAAGAAGCUGAGUUCUAUGAUCCUUUAAUACAGAAAUGGCUUCCUAUUGCAAACAUGAUCAAAGGGGUUGGAAAUGCCACUGCCUGUGCCCUGCACGAAGUCAUCUACGUAACUGGAGGUCACUAUGGGUACAGGGGAAGCUGUACCUACGAUAAAAUCCAGAGAUACCAUUCAGGUAGCAAUGAGUGGAGUAUAGUCACCACAAGUCCACAUCCAGAAUACGGAUUGUGUUCAAUUACAUUACAAAACAAGAUAUAUUUUGUGGGUGGACAGACCACGAUCACGGACUGCUAUGACCCAGAGCAAAAUGAGUGGAAGCAGAUGGCUCACAUGAUGGAGAGAAGGAUGGAGUGUGGCACAGUGGUCAUGAACGGAUGCAUCUAUGUAACAGGAGGAUAUUCCUAUUCAAAAGGAACGUAUCUGCAGAGUAUUGAGAAAUAUGACCCUGAACUGAAUAAAUGGGAAGCAGUAGGAAGUCUUCCCAGCGCUAUGCGGUCACAUGGCUGUGUCUGUGUGUAUAAUGUGUAAACAUUUAAUGUUCAUCUUGCUGUUACAGCAAACAGCAGAUGCAGUAUUCAUAAAGCACUGAUUACCUCAUGACUGAGUUGUCUGAUACAAUCUCUUAGCGCAUAUUGUUGAAAACCAGGUAUAAUUUUUUCUCAUUUUAAACAACUCAGAAAUAUAGACAUGGUAACAAGAUUUCCAUAUAUUUUUCGGUCCAAUCAUUUUUCAUCAUGAAAGUUCUCAAAUGACUCUCUUAUAAUACUUUAUGCAGCUACAUAGAAACUACUGUGAAAAACAGAUUUGUUUUUGUUAAUCACUGUGGGAAACUAUGAUCUGGUGCUAAGAUGACUAAAGCCAAACCAAAUACUUUACAUUUCUAAGGGCUACUGGGCUUCAGAGGAAAUCUUUGUAUUCUGAAGGUAGCUAUAGAAAUGGAUCGUUGCCCCAAGCUAAGUGGUCUAGGAAUGAGGGAAGAAAUGUCAGGCAGUAGCCUCAGAGCACAAGCCAAAAGUGUACACUAGUUUUCCAGAAGAGCAGUGCUCUGAAGUACAAGGGCAUUUGAGAAAAGUAGUCUCUUUGCCAUUCUUACACUCACUUUGACAUUGCCCAUAAGAAAUGAAAAACUACUCUGCAAGGCUUUGCAAUGGGCUCUUUGGCUGAUGCACAGAUAUUUGUGGGGGUUUUUUUGUUUGGUUGGUUGGUUGGGUUUUUUCAGAGAAAAGCCUUGACAUUGUAACUCUUUUUUAAUAUCAAAUUCAAGAUAGGUGUCUGUGUGGAAUGGAAGGAUGAAAUGAGAGAGAUUGGAAAGCUGCUAAUGUCCCCCUCCGAUACAAACUUCUCUAUUAUGUUUAAUACCAUUUGAUCUUUGCUAAAAGUACUGAACUGUGACUUGAGCAAAGGUGACAACUGAAGAAACUUGUCAAAAUAUGUUAUUCAUGGACAGAUUGAAUGCUAAGUGGUCUACAGGAUUGAUUUCUUUAUUAUUUCUCUCAAGAUGUAAUACGAGAUCUUCAAAUUCUGUGUAGAAAGCAGAUUUUUGAAAAGUGCUUUGUAGAAAAAUGGAUCACACUCUGAGUGGCCUGAUAGCAGUGAUU